UGUCAUAUCCGGUUUGUAAAGCAAAUUGUGUUAUUGUUUGUCAAAGUGCAUAAUAUUCUAUUCAGAUGACCUUCUAGAAGAAUGAACUGGCAAUGUCGAGGUGCCAGAGGAAGUGGAUAGUCACAGGCGUGGCCAUCGCUGUAACCACCACCUUUCUCUUCAUUGUCUACACAAACAACACAUACCAAUCUAAUGGCACCAACAAUUUGCUUUACAAAUACGUGCAAACGUACAAAAACGGGGAACUGAUACCUAACAAUUUUGCUCCUUAUGUUAUCAAUCGUGAAUACACGCUGGACCUCGAGGAUGAGGAUGUGAUCGUGUUUCUACACAUACAGAAGACCGGCGGUAGUACCUUUGGGAGACACCUGGUGAGGAACCUGGACACAGGCCUGGGCAAACCAUGUAACUGUGUGAAGGGGGUGAAGCGCUGCGAGUGUCUGACCCCCAAGAAAACUCUAUGGUUAUUUAGUCGCUACUCCACGGGAUGGGUGUGUGGUCUUCACGCGGACUGGACAGAGUUGAAGAGUUGUGUGGAAGAACAGAUGGACAAAAAGGAGAACAUGCAUCGGAAGAGAAAAUAUCAUUAUGUGUCCAUCCUCCGUGACCCUGUGAGUAGGUACUUGAGCGAGUGGAAGCAUGUUCGUCGUGGUGCUACAUGGAAGACGGCCCGACUCUACUGUAAUGGACGACAGGCCACGCUGAAGGAGGUUCCGUUUUGUUAUGAGUCGGAGAACUGGCAAGGAGUGACGCUGAACGAGUUCUUAAAGUGUCCUUUCAAUCUGGCCAAUAAUCGCCAGACGCGAAUGUUAGCCAACCUGAGUAAAGUAAACUGUUACAACAGCACAGGGAUGUCAGAGGAAGAACGCAACGCCAUGAUGUUAGAAAGUGCCAAAGAAAACUUACGCAAUCUCUCGUUUUUUGGUUUGACUGAGUAUCAAGUGGAGACUCAGAAAUUGUUUGAGCAUGUCUUUCAUAUACAGUUCAUAAAAGAUUUCUAUCAGCUGAACGAGACCCACAGUAUGAAGACCAGACCAACCUCGGAGCAAUGGAAGAAGGUCAUUGAACUAAACACGCUGGACAUUGCCCUGUAUCAGUAUGCCAAAGAUCUCUUCCUGCAGCGAGUCAAGGCCAUGAACGAGGAACUCAACGACAAGUCCCUCUUCCCAGAGUAGAAGAUCGUGUAGAUACUUGUUGCUUAAAUAUUUUUGUAUAGAAGAAAGCGAGGUGGUAGAUAUAGGCUUACUGCUGUGCUGGGCUAGGGUAUUACUGAGACCCUGGUCACCAAGAUAGAGCUAAAGCGCCAAAAGACUUGACUUUUACAGUAGAUUGACUUAUUUGUGAGAUUGUUCAUGCACUUGAUCAAUUCUGCCAAAAUUUUGAACUAAAAUCAAAGUAAUUUAUCAUUUUUCAGGUAUUCACAACUGUUGAAAAUAACCUAUAGCUAGAAUUUACUAGACCAAUAUGGAAACAUGAAAAUACCAAAGGAAAAUUUUAUUUUUAUAUUAUUUGGUUAAUGUAACAUACCGAUACAUUUUUUCAAUUUAAUUUUGGACAUGUUAUUUUUUUUUUUUAAGUAAGUUCUUUUUACUUGAUUCUUUUAAAGAGCAAGGGACAUGAAAAGGUUUUUAUAAAAUCUCUUAAAAGCAUCUGCAGUUUAUAAUUUUACGAGACAGUGAUUUUUAAUGGAUUGAGCGGAUGAACGGAUUUACUUCUGGUUAUAUAAAAGAGUCUUGUUUUUUUGUCCCAAUCUCAUGAACUUUUUAAAAUCUGUAAUAGCUAUGAAAAUGUGUUUGCAAAGUUUGUAUGUUAUCUAAUAGUGAAGCUUGUUUUACAUAUGUUAUUAGUUUUAUGUGUAAAUUUGUAUUAUCUGAUUGGAAGAGAUUUUUGCUUGCCAUAGUAUUGUUUUCAUGUGAUAUGUAUAUUUCUACAAGUUUAGUGUGAACAUAAGCUUUUAAACAUGUUGUUUACCAUGAGCCACUAUUUUGCUUAGAACAUCAGUAGAUUAUUUUAUCUAUCAUAAAACUUACAGGUUAUGUGUUCAUACUUGA